AUGAAAUUAGUUUUUAAAAGAUGUUCGUCUACCCACAUCGGUAAGCUGAUUAAGGAAUCUUUAACAACUCCUGAAAUACUGCCACAGCUAGAGCGAAAGCCAUCAUCGCAUAAACGUUUGCCAAAUAACAAAAGAACUAACUCAAUUACUGAUAAAUGGUUGAAGGAUGCGCUAACAAGGAAAGAUAAACUGAACGAAGAUAAACUCCAGAAUGUGAAUUUACGACUAAAUGUAGUAAUGACUACUUUACAGAAGCUUCGUACAACUUAUAAUCCUGCUUUGUAUUUUGCGUUGUUGAAUCGCGUUGGGACAGGUCAUAUAAGAUGGUUAAAUAAAAGCGGCCGACAGAUUGGUGCAUUCCCAUCUGGUCGGCUGCCUUUGGAGUUUUAUCAUGAGCUCUCUAAUAUGCUCUAUAAAGUAUCGCUUCGGCCCGUAAAUGACAAACUUGCACUGGCUAAAUUUUCGUUGCAAUUAUUGGAUCGUUAUUAUUCAAUUAAAGCCAAAUCUUUUACUGGGAAAGACAGAUUUCGGGCAAACACGAAAUUUUUGAGAAAUUGUGCCCUUUUAGUCAUCAAAUCCCAGUCGAGCUAUUACUUAGGGAUAAUACAGCGGCUAUUCGCGGAAAAUUCGGAAGGUCAAUUGUUAGCCAAUUUAUGCCAGCUAGCAUUCUAUGUGGAGACAUGCCAAUGGACGAGUGUAGUGGAUAUUUUACCCUCAUGCGUAUCUGAUUCUGUCUUGAGAAUCUCGAAGGAGCGCGAAAGAGCUAUUCAACUCUUGGAGUUAUUUCGUCCAGGUUUGAUUAAAAGUCUAGAAGUAAUGAUAGCACAAGGUAUGGAGAAUGAAGUUUGUCAGACUUUGAAAAGUUUGUCCAAGUGGAACUUCCAUUUUGAACAGCAUGAUUCUUCGAACUUGGUGCAGUUAUGCCAGAACCAUUCUUGCCUCAAAGUUAUUGAAACCAUGAGUAGAUUGUCCCUUAUUACCAUUGGUAUUGGACAAUACGGAUUGGAAAAUUUACCAUCCGAGGUGAGUUUGAAGCAGAGCAUGCAUAUUCUAUCCAAAGAGAAUUUCGAACCUUUCAAGCAUGAUUCAUUUCUUCAAUCUCUGUCAUUCAAAUUAAGUGAUUUGCCAUUGAACUUGGGAGUUUGGAAACAGUACAUUAAGGAGAUUGAUGACCAACUGCAGGCUGAGACCAAGCCACUUCCCUUAAGAGCUUUUUUCAUUAAUACUUUACUGUGUCACUUAUCUGUGCGCAAGAAUUUCGAUUUUAUGCUUUCAUUGGUCGAGCACAUGGUAUAUGAAAGAAAGUUAUGGCAGCCAUUAUUACUCACAGAGAAUAUAGUUGGAAACAAAGAAAAUUCCAUUUUCCAUUGUUUCUUCCAUGGCGCCUCUCAAGAAAUUUCUACCAAACUUACUCUACUAACAUUGUUUAACCAGUUAAUUAAAAUUGAUUAUCAACUUAAUGUUAACGAUUUUCUCUCGAUGUUAAGAGUCUGUAAAAACUACUCUGAUUCUGAUUUUUUCUAUUUUGUUUUUUAUAAUUUGUUGAUCACACACAGCCACAAAUUUUUUCUUUUUGAUAAAUUCAGCAAUAAAUUUUCUUGGAGGUUGCCAAUACAGAUUGGAGAUGCAAUCUCUGAAUGGCUAUCCAGCCUAGAAAUUGAUAUACAGGAAAAUACCGAUAGAGUUUUGCAGAUAACAGAUGACGUCAGCGAAUGGUAUGUUGAGGGUAAACCAUUUAACUCGAAAAAUCAGACCAUUCAACCAAUCAAUAUACCCAAACUGCGCAAAAUUUUUGGGGAGCGGAAAACUCUAUUUCAUAUGGAUCCAGAGAUUUUUCAGAAAUGUAAAGCGAAAAGAGAUAAAGAGAUGCGAAAGGAAGCUUUAUUUACCGCAAACGAUGCGGAAUAUAACUUUGCGGCAGAUGUAUCUUAUGCAAAGAGAGUAGAAAAUUUAUUUUUUUGCGUAGAGUCCGAACAAAUGCAACAAAAAUAA